AUGAUCUUCCCGAUUUUCUUUGAGCUGCCUGUGCUGGGCAAGUUCUUUCAGUCUUAUGUGGCCGGGUGGAAAGUCGCCAUCUUCCACUUGGUCCAAAACUGGGAGAAGCAUACAGAAGCCAGCAAGGAGGUCGGAGAGCUCUUUGUGCCAAGUCCGACAGCUCAAACUUUGGUGCUGAAUGUGCUGGCCUACGUACUUCUUGUUGUGUGCUUGAACAGGUGGGCAGGCUUCUCAAUGGAAUAUCAGCGCUUUAUCGCGCUUUACUCCCUCCUCCCAACCUUGAUCAUGGGGUUCAUCUACUACUUCUACCUGUUUCGAGCAAAAAUCUUGCAAAUGACCUUCUCUGUAGUGGCUGGCUGGCUCAACAACUGGUUGAUGAUGAUGGGGAUCGCAAUGGUUUCCUUCUCGCAGUUGGCGCUCCGCUAUAUGGGACUACUUGUAGUGGAGAAGUUCUUGCCAUCUGCUUGGCAGGGAUACAUGACCUUUCCCAUGAGUACCAUCGAAACAUCAGUGAAGCACACCAUGCUCCUGCUUUAUGGCUUAGGUUUGGUCCUGUUGGUCACUACGCCUUUGUGGUGUGAAGGCCAUCGCCUGGUCUAUGAGAUGCUUGGACGGAAGGAUGCCGGCAAUGCCGGCCGCCUGAGUUUCUCCGAAGCGGUGAUGGAGAUUCUCUACACCACCUCCCAGCUGGCGGUGGUUUUGCAAGUGCAAACUGCCUUGGCCAUGAUACAGGAGGGCUUGGGAUGCCACUUCCACUACAUCCACUUUGUGGCAGUCAUUGUGGAGCACAUGUUCUUCCAUCAUAUGGUCCAGUUCAAGUUUGCAUGGCUUCAUAAGCUCUACCACGAGGUGCAGCCCCUUUAUCGUCUGGUCCACUUGGAGCACCACAUUUGCAAGGGAACCUAUCCGACAACGCCUGCCGCCGGACUUUGGGAGCCUUGGAUCGAAGGAGGGACCUUGUUCUUCUGCAACACCCUGGCCUGCGUCCCCUACUUCUUCUUCCACGCAGCCUCCUCCGGCCCCAAUGUGGUGGUGCAUACGAUGUGGCCGCACAAGUCCUGUAUCCAAUGGCAUACCCUCCACCAUGUGGUCCACAGCGACAUCUAUGCGUUGAACGUGCCGAGUGCCCAGGAUGAGAAGUUUUCACGAGAUGUGAAGCAGUACAAGGAACGACUCCAGUGCUCCUACUUCAUCCGCCACAAGUUCACUUCAGACAUAGCGGGCUUUGCCGCGACCUUCCUCGCUGGCUACAUCCUGCACCAGUCAGGAAUCGGCCUCUUCCAUGUGUGGCAUGAGCGAGUGCUGCACAGCCUUUAA